GCACUCAAACAUUCACACACACACUCACGCACAAGCGAAGGGGCGCUGAGUGCACGCUGGUCCAGAGGGGCAGAGCAGGGCAGGCUUCUCGACGAAGCUGCUAUUGUUGUUGCUGUUGUUCUUAUUAAUGGGGGCUCGAGAACCUUCCAUCAAUUCUUAAACCAUCCAGGACCGUCCCCUCCCCCUUCGCCAUCGUGUUUGUUUCCUUUCGGCUCUUUUAGGGCUUCAUCUAUUGCUGCUCUUCCCACUCUCUGCUGCCUCCCUGUUGCCUAGCUUCUUUCGCUUCUCUCAUUUACAUCUGUGUGUGUACUAGACAGGUCGAUUACUAGCUUCUUUCGCUUCUCUCUCUCUCUCUCUCUCUCUCUCUCUCUCUCUCUGUGUGUGUGUGUUUAUUUUUUGUGUUCCGAUUUAGUUGGUGGAGUGUGAGGUAGUGCGGGGGUUUUUGAGAGGUGUCGGUCGGUACAAGGAGGCGACUGAAGGGGAGAAAGGUGAACGGGUACCAUGAGUGUGGUAGGGUUGGACGUAGGAAAUGAGAACUGCAUCGUGGGAGUAGCGAGGCAGCGCGGGAUUGAUGUCGUGCUGAACGAUGAGUCGAAGCGGGAGACCCCAGGGGUGGUGUCCUUCGGAGAGAAGCAACGGUUUGUCGGAGUGGCGGGCGCGGCGUCGGCGCUGAUGAAUCCGAGGAACACUAUCUCCCAGAUCAAGCGUAUGAUAGGGCGCUCGUUCUCGGAUCCGGAGCUCCAGAAAGAUUUGCACUUGUUUCCCUUCACGGUCACUGAGGGUCCCGAUGGCUCCCCCUUAAUCAACGUGCAGUAUUUGGGUGAGCCCCGUCAGUUCACGCCCACGCAGGUCCUUGGUAUGUUGCUGUCAAAUUUGAAGUCCAUUGCAGAAAAGAAUUUAGGGACAUCGGUGGUGGAUUGUGUUAUUGGUGUGCCGGUCUAUUUCACUGAGCUCCAGAGGCGGGCGUACUUGGACGCUGCCCAGGUUGCCGGUCUACAUCCUUUGAGGUUGAUGCAUGAGACCACGGCGACGGCAUUGGCUUACGGGAUCUACAAGACGGAUUUGUCCGACACGGAGCCAAUCAAUGUUGUUUUCGUGGACGUUGGCCACGCUAGUAUGCAGGUUUGCAUUGCUGCGUUCAAGAAGGGUCAGCUGAAGAUUUUAAGUCAUGAAUUCGAAAGGAGCCUCGGGGGCCGGGACUUCGACGAGGUGCUGUUUAAUCACUUUGCUACCAAGUUCAAGGAAGAUCUCAAGAUCGAUGUGGUUUCUAAUGCUCGUGCUAGUCUCAGGCUUCGUUCUGGUUGCGAGAAGGCGAAGAAAAUUUUGAGCGCCAAUCCUAUCGCGCCCUUGAACAUUGAGUGCUUGAUGGACGAGAAGGAUGUGAGGGGCAUGAUUAAGCGUGAUGAGUUUGAGGAGCUGGCAAAACCUAUUUUGGAAAAGGUGAGGGGCCCUUGCGAGAAGGCUCUCGCUGCGUCUAAGCUUACCCUUGACAAGAUCUACGCCGUGGAAGUAGUCGGAUCCGGUUCCCGUGUUCCUGCAAUUUUGAAGAUUCUGAGUUCUGUGUUUGGAAAGGAACCCAGCCGCACGAUGAAUGCGAGCGAGUGUAUUGCUCGCGGGUGCACUCUUCAGUGCGCGAUGCUGAGCCCGACAUUCCGUGUUCGGGAUUUUGAGGUUCAGGAUUCGUUUCCCUUCGCUAUUGGCCUUUCGUGGAAGGGAGCAGCCCCCGAGACGGAGGGUGAGGAAGAGGUCUCAUCCAAUAACAUUGUGUUCGUGAAAGGCAAUCCCGUCCCUAGCACUAAGUUGUUGACUUUCUAUCGAGCGAGCACGUUUGCUAUAGACGCGUUUUAUGCCGAGACGAGCGAUUUGCCACCAAACAUAAAUCCCAAAAUUGCCACGUUUACUAUUGGCCCCUUUACGCCUACCAUGACAGAGAAGGCUAAGAUUAAAGUUAAGAUCAGGCUCAACCUGCACGGUGUCGUGUCCCUGGAAGCUGCCACGAUGAUUGAAGAAGAGGAAGUGGAAGUUCCUACCACGAAGAAGGACGAGUCAGAGAAGGCCUCCCCUCCUACUGAUGCCAAGCCUGAAGAUGCAGCCGUUGCAGAGAACGGUGCUGCGGACGUUCCUGCUAAAAUGGAAACUGAUGCUCCCAAGCCUGAAGUUGUGAAGAAGAAGAAGACGAAGAGGACAGAUGUACCUGUGCACGAAGUGAUCCACGGUGGACUUCCCCAACCUGAAUUGACUAAAGCCGUCGAGAAGGAAUUCGAAAUGGCGCUACAAGAUCGCGUUAUGGAGGAGACAAAGGAGAGCAAGAAUGCUGUCGAGGCAUAUGUCUACAGUAUGAGGAACAAAUUGUAUGAGAAACUGCAAAACUACGUGACCGAAAGUGAACGUGAGGAAAUGACUGCCAGACUGCAAGAAACCGAAGACUGGCUGUACGAAGACGGUGAAGAUGAAAUUAAAAGUGUUUAUAUUGCCAAGCUUGCCGAACUCAAGAAGCUUGGAGACCCACUGGAGGUUAGGGAAAGAGAAGAGGAGCUCAGGGGUCCUGCUGUUAUGGCGCUGACCUACUGCAUCACAAGUUUCCGCGAAGCUGCCCAAAGCCCGGACCCGAAGUUUGAUCACAUCGACGCUGCCGACAAAGAGAAGGUGAUAGCCGAGUGCAACAAGGCAGAGGAAUGGUUCAAGGACAAGAAGCAGCAACAAGAUGCACUUCCUAAGUGUGCCAAUCCGGUCCUACUUGCAGCUGAAGUGAAGAAGAAGACUGAAGUCCUUGAUAGAUUCUGCAAGCCAAUCAUGACAAAGGCAAGGCCAGUACCACCUAAGAGUACUCCUGCGGAGGCCAAGCCUGCUCCAGAACAACAAGCCCCAGCUGCUGGAGAUAACCCAGCGCCCGAGCCAAUGGAGACUGAUGCCGCAGCACCAGCUCCUGAACCUGAGAGCAUGCAAACAUAGUAUAAGAUAUAGAAAUGGACUACCUCAUAAUUAGAAUUGCAUAUUAUGAGUAGGUACUUGACAUCCUUGGGAUCCUCAAACCUAGGCAAGGAGGAUCAUACUUAACAAGUACAAUUGCUAUCUUAAUUUUUUGGAGGGGCAAAGUAACGUAGUAAGGACAAUUUUGCUCAUUCUGCUCCCCAUUCCUCAAAUUAAUGGGUCCAGCAGCUUGCAAGCAUUCUAAUCCUAACAAAGCUGUGUGACCAUGUUUUUUCAAUCAUUUUUGUGUAAUACUCUGCAUAUGCAAAUUCCUUGAA